GGGCUGUCUUCCUCGUGCUGCCUCAGGGUUAGUCCGGGCUGCUGUCGCCAGAGCAGCUGCUGCAGCUGGCCCUGCCGUUCCUUCCGCGGUCGUUCGCACCCGGCCGGCCUCGGCGUGCGCGUGCCAGGCUUUCCUGUCUGUCUCUGGUGGGCUGGACACUUGAACCCUAUACUGGAACUUUGAAACCCUGAAGCAUAGCACAUGCUGACUUCUGCUGGGUGUCCUUGAAACAUGGGAAGCUUUUGAGCUUCAGUGGUGGUGUCCAACAGGAGCUACUUGUCUUGUCCAGUGGCAGGGAGAACGUCCAUGGCUGCGGCCAAUAAAGGCAAUAAGCCCAGAGUCCGGAGUAUCCGCUUUGCGGCAGGCCAUGAUGCAGAGGGUUCCCAGAGCCAUGUUCACUUCGAUGAGAAGCUACAUGACUCAGUGGUUAUGGUUACAAAGGAGAGUGACAGCAGCUAUCUGGUCAAGGUUGGCUUCCUGAAGAUCUUGCACAGAUAUGAGAUUACCUUCACUCUGCCCCCAGUGCACAGGUUGAGCAAGGACAUACGUGAGGCACCUGUCCACAGCCUGCACCUCAAGCUUCUCAGUGUCUUGCCCAUUCCUGAAGGUUACAGCAUCAAAUGUGAGUACACAGCACACAAGGAAGGUGUCCUCAAAGAGGAGAUGCUACUGGCCUGUGAGGGUGGUACCAGCACCUGGGUACGCGUGACAGUACAGGCUCGUGUCAUGGACCGGCACCAUGGCACACCUAUGCUGCUAGAUGGUGUCAAGUGCGUGGGCGCUGAGCUGGAGUACGACUCGGAGCACAGUGACUGGCAUGGUUUCGACUGAGGCCUGUGGCCCUGCUUUCGUGCCUCAGGCCCCUUAGCCUUAAACUUGGCCUGUCUCCAGACAUGCUGCCUGAUGAUAUGGCUUCCUUACUCUUCCAAGGUGGCAGGGUUGGGCUUAUUCUUGCCUCCCAUCUCUGCCUUCAUUCAUGCCACCACCCUGCCUCUCCUGCAUUUUCUCCCACUUCCUCCUCUAUGUGCCUCAGUCUCCUGACCGAAGAAAUGGGUUGAGCCCCCAAGGAGGCUAUUUGAGAGGAAGGGAGAGCCUGGGAUGGAUCUACCCAUUCUCCAACCCAAGCCAUAGGGGCUUCAGUCAGGGUCUGGGGGAGGAUGGAGUGGCUAUGACGUUGACACCCCGUUACUGUUGCUGCUGUUGUCUCACCUUAGCCACCUCUCCUGUCCUUCCUUCUCUACUGCUGUUCAUGUGAGUGUGAAGGAGACAGUUCCCAGCCCCUUCCCUCAGGUUUGUGAUACUUGGUUUUUAAGUGACUGAUUGGAAUGGAAUCCUUAAGAAAUAAAACUUCUAGUGAUACCAGA